AGCUUACAUCUGGAAAGGGACACCAGUUAACACGGUCACCAGUUAAACCGUAACACCGCACCCAAACGCAAAUAAGCAGAAAUUACAAAUAUAAUCGACAGAUCAACUUCGAAACUAUUGGGCUAUAAAGUAUACUACAUUAUGGGAAACGUUCUUCUUUUCCUUCUGCUCUCGCUGUUUUUGGAAGGUGUGUUUGCUGAGGAGGUAACAGUGAAAAGUGGAGAUUCAGUCACUUUCUACACUGAUCCUAAUAUACAGGAAGGUAAUGUGAUAGACUGGAGGUUUGGACCGCAAAGCGACCUCAUUGCUAGAAUUAAAAGAAAAGCCAAAACAAGUAAAGUAUAUGAGGAUGUGCUUGAUUGGAAAUUCAAAGACAGACUAAGGAUGGAUAAUCAGACUGGAGAUCUCACUAUCAAAAACAUCAUGACAGCAGACUCUGGUGAUUAUGAAGUGUCUAACGAAAACGGCGUCAAAAAGAGUUUCAAAGUCAGUGUUGUGUCUGAUGACUCUGUGAAAACCAUAUCAGUGGUAAAGGGAGAUUACAUCACUUUACUCACCGGUCUUCCUGAUAUGAAGAGAAUUAGUGCAAUACAGUGGAGGUUUAAACAUCACAACUCUACUAUAGCUGAAAUGAAGACUGGAAACAUCUUUAUUUAUGAUGAUACUGAUGAGAGGUUCAAAGACAAACUACUUCUGAAUUAUACGACUGGAUCGCUGACCAUCGCAAACAUCGGAACUGAACAUGAUGGAGAUUAUGAAGUUGACAUCAUCAGCAGCAGCGGAUACACCUUACACCAGUCAUACAACGUGACCGUCAUUGUUCCUACAGGUGAUUUUAAAUCACUGAUCAUAGAGGAGGAGGGGGCUUUAGUCACGCUGCAGACUGGUACUAAAAUACAGGUCAAUGAUUUAAUACAGUGGAGGUUUGAAGACACUGACUUGACUCCUGGUGGGAAUUUGAAAGAUGGACUGAAUAUGGACAUGAAAACUGGAUCUCUGACCAUCAUAAAUCCCAGAAGAACAGACUCUGGAUUUUAUGAUCUGAAGAUCAUAAGAAGCAGAUACUCCAUACACAAGAAAUUCACUGUUGCUGUUUAUGGCGCUCCAGGUUCUCCUAUAUGUGGGCCCUCGGGUUGGUCUUCAGGUGCUGUAGCAGGGAUUUGUGCAUUUCUUGUGGCUGCAAUUGUAGCUUUGGUCAUUUACUUUUACCGCAGGAUCGCUAAUCUACAAGCUCAAUUAUAUGACAAAAAAGAUACCUUGAUGUCUACCAUGAGUACCCUUUCAGACAAAAAUGAAUGAAACCAAUCAAAAGGUAUGGUCAUGAAAAAUAAAUCAAUAUGCUGUCAUGCAGAUAGCAACCAUAAAACAAGUUGAAUGUUUAUUUGAUGUAAAGCUAAUCUAAGAAGAAAAUUGUACCUGUUGCUCUUUGCAUGUGAUGCAUUCAUGCUAAGCUAAGCUGUUCCCACAAUAACUGGUCAUUUAUUCAUGUGUAGUUGUUGAUUUUGAGUCAGAUCAGAGUGACGUGGCACUUUCUUCAUUUUUUCAGAAAGACGUGAAUUUGUGUUUAAUUCAAAAACCAUCCAAUGUGCCACUGACUGACUGACCACACUUGUUUAACGCAUUUAUAAGACUUCAGUGUUAUUUAGCUGCUGUGCUUAAUUUUAUUAUUAAAUGUGUUAUUGUUUUGUGGUACAUUGCAAGACUUCAUUUUAUUGUAUCUGUCUAUAUUAUGUAUCUGAAUAUUUUCUAAUUAUCUGUUGCUCUGAAUGUGAGAUCUGUUUUGACUAUUUUACUUUUGUUUGUACUAUAAAGUGUUAAUAUGCUGUCCUACAUGACUGCCUUAGCGUCUUUUCAAUCUGUAUUUUGUUAUUGUAGCUCUCAAGCUUCCGUUAGGACAUGUUUGUCCAAAAAGUUUUUUACAAGAGUUACCUUAAUCUAAGCUGUUCAUGCCUUGGCUUCUUUUUCAAAGUUUACACCAUGAGAUAAAAAAGAACAGGACUCAAUUUAACAAUGUAAAGUGGUCGGAAAAUAACCCUUUUUAAUCUUUACCUUUGGACAAAAAUGUCCACCCAUAGCAAAGGAAUGGGAAAUACUAAAAUCUAUAUAACAUUUGUCCAAUAAAAAUCAAUAAAUCCAAGGCAAUGCAGAAAAAACAUAAACCAAAAUAAAAGUUUUAGUCUAUGCAACAUGCUUUGUGUUAAACACACACACACUCUCACACACACACACACACACACACACACACACACACACACACACACACACACACACACAAACACCCCCCAAAAAACACCUUUGAAAUCUAUUGCCUUUUACUUUCUAUUGCUAUUAUUGAUAUUAUUAGAUUUUUAUACAACCUUAAGCCAAAAUAUUUCACCAAAGUUAACCAGUUUUUAGAAUUUGGAUGUCUGAACUUGCUAGAAUAUUGUUUUUGAUUUGCACACACACAUACACACAAACCACCAAACAGCGCCUCCCAAAGAGCCAAUGACUACUACAGUCAAAACAAAAUCUGAGUGGUUCAACUUGAACACAUACACAAAAAAAAAGGACUUGAUUCAACUUGAUUCCUCUUUGAGUCCAACUCCAUAAUUUGUACCAUUGGAAUUUAAUAACUGAAUAAUUAAAUAUAUUUAUAAAGUCAAUAUAUCAUAAAAAUGCAAAAAUAGACAGAUUUUAUAUGAUUAUAGACAGUGAUAUGGGAUAUUUGUUAAAAAGACAAAAAAAAAAAAACUCAAUUGGAAUCACAAUCAAGAUUUUGUGGACAGAAAUGUCCAUGAGGGAAAGAUUAAGGGCUGCAACACAACGGAUGCUUGAGACUUGUGAAUGUAAAAGUGGGAUUUUUUAUAUUCUGUUGAUGAUUAAUCACUUUGAUCUUCGCUUUACAUGAAGGGUGUGUUAAUGAGACUCUUAUUACACCUUUAUAAUGUGCCAUGUCAAUAAUAUGACUGAGAUAGUCAUUAACUGUCAUUAAGUAUUAUUUGCUCGGUUAUAUCAUUUGAAAUGCUAAUAUGACAUUGGUUGAGAUGUCUUUGUCAUGAAAACAUAAACAAGACAACAUAACUUGUCAUAAAUCUGUCAUAAACAUGAUUGUUGUGAGGCAUAAUAGUUGUGUCAUGAAUAUUAACUUUUAUAAGUGGAGCAAUCAAUUUGAAUGAAUGUUUUUCAGUAAAAUUGACAAUAAUCUGUCAAAUAAUUGUAUACCAGCGUCAUUAAUUAGCAUUUAAUGACAUUUUAACAACAAAUUAAAUUUGUACCAUUUUAAUAGAGGACAAUAUAAACAAUUAAUGAUGCUAUGCUAAAACUGCUAAUGAUAUAAAAUUCAUUCAUUGAUUUUCCUUCGGCUCCGUCCCAUUUUUCAUCAAGUGUCACCACAGCAGAUUGAACCACCAACUUAUCCAGCAUAUUUGUUACACAGAGGAUGCCCUUUCAGUCUGCAACCGGGUACUGGGAAACAUCCAUACACACUCACAUUCAGACACAUACACUAAGGCCAAUUUAGCUUAUCCAAUUGACCUAUAGCACACGUCUUUGGAUUGUGGGGGAAACCGGAGCACCCCUGAGGAAACCCACUUAAACACAGGGAGAACAUCCACACUGCUAAAUGCCAACUGAAACAGCCGGGACUCGAAGCAGUCACCUUCUUGCUGUGAGGCAUCAAUGCUAAGCACUGAGCCACUGAUAUAAAAUGCAUGACACAAUUAAAACAGCCUCAUAACAGUCAUGUUUAUGACAGAUUUAUGACAAGACAUGUUGUCUUGAUAAUGUUGUCAUGACAAGGCCAAAGACAGGUUAUGAUGCAUUUGAAAAUGUCAGGUUGGCAAAACAAGACAUGUAAAAUAAUGUAAUCUUUGCAUUUAAAAUGAUAUUACUAAGCAAAAUACACUUAAUGACUGUUGUAUGCAUGAAUCUCAUUCAUAAUCUUGACACAUAUUGUCACGAUUAUGAAGGUUUCAUGAUAGUCUUAUGAACACCCCCUUCAAGUAAAGGGUUACCAUUCUUUUGUGUGGCCUUACUAAUGACUGUUAUUGCAUUUUAUUCAAGCUGAAUCAAUGAUAUGUGCUGUUUUGAGCUGAGUGCAUAUUACUGUUCACAUUGUGCUGUUACUGGAAAAAAAAAAACAAUAAAACAAUCAAAAGACAAA